UUUUUUUUUUUUGCAUGAUUAUGGUUAUAGUCAGUUUUUUUUUGCUGGCCGGGGGGGUUAAUGAUUACUUUUAUUAUCGGGGGACUUUGUUUUCGGUUGCAUUUCGAGUGCGAAUCGCAGUGAGAUUUUCUAUUCUCAUUUCUGUGAAGAGUCGAGGGUGGGUGCAUUGCAUACAUACAUACAUUCACAUCAUACAUUUGCGUGAUUGCAAAAUCGUGGUUGUGCUGGUGUCAUGAUGAAGGCGAUAGCUGAAUUAUUAGUCUCUCGCUACUUGAAUAGAUCAGCCUUGUCGCAUCGUCUAUGAUAUUAAUAUUCAUAUCUAACAAUAUUGCC